UGCAGUGUGUACUCUCCGGUUACUCCUCGCGCUGCCUCACUCGCUCCAUCCUCCCUCGGGUGCUACUCGUCGCCGCUCCUCUUUCACGGAGAGUGAGUGUGAGUUGUGAGCGCGCGUUUGGCAGGUGACACACGGCGGCAGGUAGCGGACAUGGCAGCGACAGCGGCGGCACCGAAGCGGCAGGACACCAAGAAAUUCUUCGAGAACCUGUCCGGUUCCGGUAAAUCCAUCGCGGUGCUGACGAGCGGCGGGGAUGCUCAAGGUAUGAAUGCAGCCGUCCGGGCGGUCGUCCGGAUGGGAAUCUACGUUGGAGCGAAGGUCUACUUCAUCCAUGAGGGAUACCAGGGCAUGGUGGACGGCGGCGACAACAUCAAAGAGGCGACGUGGGAAAGCGUCUCCAGCAUGCUGCAAGUGGGCGGCACUGUCAUCGGCAGCGCUCGCUGCAAAGAGUUCCGGACGCACGAGGGUCGCCUGAAGGCGGCGCUCAACCUGGUGCAGCGCAGCAUCACCAACCUGUGCGUGAUCGGAGGAGACGGCAGCCUGACGGGGGCCAACCUGUUCCGGGAGGAGUGGAGCGAGCUGCUGAGCGAGCUGGUGCAGCAAGGUUCGAUCAGCGAGGAAGCGGCUCGCACUCACUCCUCGCUGCACAUCGUCGGGAUGGUGGGCUCCAUCGACAACGACUUCUGUGGCACCGACAUGACCAUCGGCACCGACUCGGCCCUGCACCGCAUCAUCGAGGUGGUGGACGCCAUCAUGACCACCGCUCAGAGCCACCAGAGGACGUUUGUGUUGGAGGUCAUGGGCAGACACUGCGGAUACCUGGCGCUGGUCAGUGCGCUGGCAUGUGGAGCCGACUGGGUUUUCAUUCCCGAAAUGCCCCCUGAGGACGGGUGGGAGGACAGCAUGUGUCAGAAACUCUCUGAGAACCGCGCCGAUAAAAAACGGCUGAACAUUAUAAUUGUAGCUGAAGGCGCCAUAGAUUCCCACAACAAGGCAAUUACUCCUGAUUAUAUCAAGGAUCUGGUGGUGCGCUGCCUGGGCUUCGACACCAGGGUCACUAUUUUAGGCCAUGUGCAGAGAGGCGGGACGCCGUCGGCCUUCGACAGGAUUCUGGCCAGCCGUAUGGGCGUGGAGGCGGUGCUGGCCUUGCUGGAGGCGUCUCCCACCACGCCGGCCUGCGUCGUCUCUCUGGUCGGGAAUCAGGCUGUCCGGCUGCCGCUGAUGGAGUGUGUGCAGAUGACCCAGGAAGUCCAGAAGGCGAUGGAUGAGAAGAAAUUCGAGGAUGCCGUCAGGCUGCGUGGAAGGAGCUUUGAACACAACCUGUCCACCUACAGACUGCUCUCCUACCACAAAGCCGACUCUGAACUUCCAAAUAGCAACUUCAACGUGGCGGUGCUGAACGUGGGCGCCCCGGCAGCGGGGAUGAACGCCGCCGUGCGCUCCGCUGUCAGGGUGGGAAUCACCGAGGGCCACAAAAUGUUCGCUGUCAGCGACGGAUUCGAGGGCUUCUACAAAGGACAGAUCAAGGAGAUCAAAUGGGGAGACGUUGGAGGCUGGACUGGUCAGGGAGGAUCUCUGCUGGGCACUAAAAGAACUCUUCCAGGAAAACAUCUGGAGAAAAUCGCCGAGCAGAUGAGGAUUCACAACAUCAACGCUCUGCUUGUGAUCGGAGGAUUUGAGGCCUUUGAGUCCCUGCUGCAGCUGUACGAGGCCCGGGCCGAAUACGAGGAGUUUUGCGUCCCGAUGUGCAUGCUGCCCGCCACCAUUAGUAACAAUAUGCCCGGCACUGACCUCAGUAUCGGAGCCGACACGUCGCUCAACGCCAUCGUGGAGACAUGCGACCGUAUCAAGCAGUCGGCCAGCGGCACCAAGCGGAGGGUCUUCAUCAUCGAGACCAUGGGGGGCUACUGCGGCUACCUGGCCACCGUGGGCGGCCUGGCCGCCGGCGCCGACGCCGUCUACAUCUACGAGGAGCCGUUCGACAUCCGUGACCUUCAGGCGAACGUGGAGCAUCUGACGCAGAAGAUGAAGACGAGCAUCCAGAGAGGCCUGGUGCUCAGGAACGAGAGCUGCAACGAGAACUUCACCACCGACUUCAUCUACCAGCUGUACUCUGAGGAAGGGCACGGCGUGUUCGACUGCAGGAAGAACAUCCUGGGUCACAUGCAGCAGGGAGGAGCUCCGUCUCCAUUCGACAGGAACUUUGGCACCAAAGUGGCGGCUAAAGCCAUCCAGUGGAUCAGUCAGACUCUCAAAGAGUCCUACAAAGGAGGGAGAGUGUUUGCCAACUCGGAGGACACGGCCUGUCUGCUCGGGAUGCGCCGCAGAGCGAUGGUCUUCCAGCCGGUGUCGCAGCUCCGGGACGAGACCGACUUUGUCCACAGGAUCCCGAAGGAGCAGUGGUGGCUGAAGCUCCGCCCCCUGAUGAAAAUCCUCGCCAAGUACAAGACGAGCUACGACGUGUCCGACGCCGGCCAGCUGGAGCACGUGACCCGGAUCCGGCCCAAAGACACCAAAACCACGUCAGCCAUCUGAGGCGCCAGCAGAGGGCGCCUCUCCUGACGGGGACGAAACAACAAGGAAACACAAACCGGCUUCACAUAUCAGUGACCUCUGCUCACACAGGGACUGAUCGACCGCUGAUUGACUGCAAACACUUUAAGGGUAGAUUCUAGAAGCUCGCGAUGAAGGAUGAAA